GGUCAUAUCCAAAUGCCGUCUCGACGUCAUUCCUUCGCCAAUGCUUCAACCAAUGAAGAAUCACCGCAGAUCCCCACCAGGCUUUGACUCUUGCCUGACAGUGGCCCCGCGAUGAUGAAAAUCUUCCUGGGGUAAUACAUCCACCCACACUCGACGCUACAUCAGCAGUGACGAUAUUGUGCAGUCGCUACCAGCCGAAGCUUAGUUCGCAGCCAUGGCCGAAGAUCCCAAGGCAGGCAAAUUCCCCUGCAAAUUAGUCAUUAAUGUGCCGUUUCCUGAUGAGCGGCUGGCAAACAUUGCGUUGAGAUCGCUGAGCGUCGACAAAGAACUCAGUCCUCUAGUGGACAGGACUUUUGAGAUCGUUGACGGGGAGGAAGUCCGGGCAGACGGCCUCGCGGCAAAUACCGGCAAGACCGUGUUGCGUGUUAUGUACCGAGCGACGACAAACCGAAUGCUUCGAGUCAGCGUCAAUGGUUUCUUUGAAAGCAUAAGGCUCGUAGUGCAGGUGAUGGAGGACCUUGAUGUAGACGUAUGUAUGAAUGAGACUAAGGAGGAGCUCACCAAAGUCCAAGGCCUUGGGGAGGCUGCCGCUGGAGUUUGAACGCGUCACGAUGCAUGAGGAACGUAUCAAAAGUGAAAGCAAUGUCGACUGCUCUCGCCAAGAGGCAACACCUACUCGCCGCGCCUGGCCAUUUCGCACCCGGGUGCUUCGCAGAGCCACUAAGCUUUGCAUGCAAGUCAAGUACUGACAUCUCAAUGACGGAGCGCUCAUAAAAGCCGCUCUGCAAGCAUGAAGCCGACAACGGUCGCAGCAGCGUGAUCAUUCACGGCUAGAGCCUGGAAAGCAUUCUUUCCGCAUUGCAAAUGUCGACCGCGAGUGAGAAAGUCUUCAGAGCCAAGGAAAUUAGUAUUUUUUGAGCUUCAAUUCCGCAUCAGAGUCCCAAGCUAGACUACCGUGUUACUUAGAUGAUCCUCAGAGUCUUAUAUUAGACCGUCAGAUGCUCAUUUUCAUGCCAAAGUUUCCGAUAUGGCGCCCUCGAUUACGAUAGUUAUAGCAGCUCACUCCUUCCUAUUCAAUAUCAUAGUUCGUAACUGAAAUCCACAAGAGAU